AGGACAGAUCUCUGCUUCAUCCGCCGAUCAACCGCUUCCCACCGCCGGAAUUAUGAAUCCCGAGUAUGACUAUCUUUUCAAGCUCCUGCUUAUCGGAGAUUCUGGUGUUGGGAAAUCAUGUCUACUCUUGAGAUUUUCUGAUGAUUCGUACAUUGAGAGUUACAUAAGCACCAUUGGAGUUGAUUUUAAAAUUCGGACUGUCGAACAAGAUGGGAAGACGGUUAAGCUCCAAAUUUGGGACACUGCUGGUCAAGAGCGGUUCAGGACUAUUACCAGCAGUUACUACCGGGGGGCACAUGGAAUCAUAAUUGUUUAUGACGUCACAGACGAAGAGAGCUUCAAUAACGUGAAGCAGUGGUUGAGUGAAAUCGAUCGUUAUGCGAGUGACAGCGUGAACAAACUCUUGGUUGGGAACAAAUGUGAUCUUGCUGCAAACAGAGCAGUUCCAUAUGAAACAGCCAAGGCUUUUGCGGAUGAAAUUGGAAUUCCUUUUAUGGAGACGAGUGCAAAAGAUGCCACCAACGUGGAACAGGCUUUCAUGGCCAUGGCAGCGUCCAUCAAAGACAGAAUGGCAAGUCAACCAGCUGCGAACAAUGCAAGACCGCCAACGGUGCAGAUCAGAGGACAGCCAGUUCCCCAGAAGAACGGCAACACUGGCUCUACUCCUCAAUUGCUUCCUGAUCAAGUUCUUAAGCUUAAGCAGCUCACUGUCCUUACUCUGGCGGAGAUAAACAAGGUACUACCAUAUGAUUUACUGAUGGUCGAGUUAGAUAUCACAAACGUACGCGAGCUCGAAGACUUUCUUAUCAAUGAAUGCAUGUACGCGGGUAUAGUUAGAGGAAAACUUGAUCAGUUGAAAAGAUGUUUUCAGGUUCAGAUUAAAGCUGGUAGGGAUCUAAGGCCAGGACAACUUGGGAAUAUGAUGCACACACUGGAUAAUUGGUACCGCCUUCGAUCUAUAUUUAUCUCUUCUUCUUUGGACCCUAGGAUUCUGUGUUCUGUAUUAUUAGAAGAUCUCAAACUUGACGUUAGAAUCUUUGAGUAAUAUGUCAUAUCUCACUCCCCUACUGUUGAGAUUUUAUGUGAGAGUCCCUUCUCAUGAAAGAGUUUUUUCGCCUUGAUUUUGGAGUCAUUUUAUAUGUGUGCACAUAAUUCAUGUUUAGGUUUCGAUUCAAGAUAAGAUAAAAUGAGUGAGGUGGACAAUAGAAGUCGAAAGGAAGUAAAAGAGAGGGUGGAGGAAGUGAAAAAAUCUCUUUCUAUGAAGGUACCAGUAGUUUGUGGCUUUUCAUCAUUGAUUAAGUUGUCAAUCAACCUGUGAUAGUCUG